AUGAAGGAGACCCGGGGCGACGGCGGGGACGCCCCCUUCUGCACCCGCCUCAACCACUCCUACCCGGGCAUGUGGGCGCCCGAGCGCUCCGCCGAGGCGCGGGGCAACCUUACGCGACCCCCAGGGCCCGGCGAAGAUUGUGGCUCGGUGUCCGUGGCCUUCCCCAUCACCAUGCUGAUCACCGGCUUCGUGGGCAACGCGCUGGCCAUGCUGCUCGUGUCGCGGAGCUACCGGCGCCGGGAGAGCAAGCGUAAGAAGUCCUUCCUCCUGUGCAUCGGCUGGCUAGCGCUCACAGACCUGGUCGGGCAGCUGCUCACCACCCCCGUGGUCAUCGUCGUGUACCUGUCCAAGCAGCGCUGGGAGCAGCUCGACCCGUCGGGGAGGCUCUGCACCUUCUUCGGGCUGACCAUGACUGUUUUUGGGCUCUGCUCGCUCUUCAUCGCCAGCGCCAUGGCCGUCGAGCGGGCGCUGGCCAUCCGGGCGCCGCACUGGUACGCGAGCCACAUGAAGACGCGCGCCACCCGCGCCGUGCUGCUGGGCGUGUGGCUGGCUGUGCUCGCCUUCGCCCUGUUGCCGGUGCUGGGCGUGGGGCAGUACACCAUCCAGUGGCCCGGGACGUGGUGCUUCAUCAGCACCGCGCGAGGGGGCAAUGGGACUAGCGCGCCGCACAACCGCGGCAAUCUUUUUUUCGCCUCCACCUUCGCCUUCCUGGGGCUCUUGGCCCUGGCCGUCACCUUCGCCUGCAACCUGGCCACCAUUAAGGCCCUGGUGUCCCGUUGCCGGGCCAAGGCCACGGCAUCGCAGUCCAGUGCCCAGUGGGGCCGGAUCACGACCGAGACGGCCAUCCAGCUCAUGGGGAUCAUGUGCGUGCUGUCGGUCUGCUGGUCGCCGCUACUGAUAAUGAUGUUGAAAAUGAUCUUCAAUCAGACAUCAGUUGAGCACUGCAAGACACACACAGGAAAGCAGAAAGAAUGCAGCUUCUUCUUAAUAGCUGUUCGCCUGGCUUCAUUGAACCAGAUCUUGGAUCCUUGGGUUUAUCUGCUGCUAAGAAAGAUCCUUCUUCGAAAGUUUUGCCAGGUAGCAAAUGCAGUCUCCAGCUGCUCUAAUGAUGGACAGAAAGGGCAGCCUAUCUCAUUAUCUAAUGAAAUAAUACAGACAGGAGCAUGA